AUGAGCUCUACUACAACGAUCAGGCAGCGCAAAACCACGGUCCAAGAGACCCAAAAGGCCCGCGACUCAAAAGACGGGAUCAUGGGCAAGAAAUUGUAUCAUUUUAACGAACUGCCCGAGUGGCAGCAGGAUAACGAUAAGAUCCUUACGGGUUAUGUGCGUGAAACUAAGUCCGUGUUAAGAUGUCUGGAUUCUCUUUCGUAUUGGAAUAAUGAGUCGGUUAAUAUCUAUACGCAUUUGCUCUCUGCCGUGGCCUAUUUUGUUCUGUUGUUGUUCUUUACCGAUAUCCUACUGAUUCCGUCUUUCCCAUCAACUACGAUGACCGACUAUAUCAUAAUCAACUUUUACCUGUUGGGAGCAUUUGUGUGUUUAAUGUGCAGUAGUUGUUUUCACUGCUUUAAGCAACAUUCGAACUCUCAAAGUGACGCAUGGAGUAAAGUCGACUAUAUGGGGAUCAUCGGUUUGAUUUCUUGCUCAGUGAUCUCGUUACUGUACUACGGUUAUUUUGACCAUGUUUUCUAUUUCAAAUUGUUUUCUGUGAUAACUGUUGUCCUAGCGAUGGCUUGCAGUGUCUGUGUGCUAAGCGAUAGAUUUAACACCAGCGACAUGCGUCCGCUUAGAGCCAGUUUCUUUAUAACGUUUGCCUUCAGCUCUGUGAUCCCAAUCGCUACUGGGAUGUUUAAAUUUGGCUGGACUGAGGUUUUCCACAGAGUGCAACUAAGAUUCGUCGGUUGGGAAGCCUUUUUCUACUUAUCAGGAGCUCUGCUCUAUGGUUACAGGAUCCCUGAGACCAUAGCACCAGGAAAAUUUGAUUUUAUCGGUAGCUCGCAUCAACUUUUUCAUGUUUUAGUCGUCCUGGGCUCGUUCUGCCACUUGAGAGCAGUCAUGGGCUCUUACAUGUUCAUGCACGCGCACAUCAACGCUCCAAAUAUACUUGCUUUAAAGGGAUAA